UUUCAGGUGCCGGAGAGUCGGGGAAGAGUACGAUAGUUAAACAAAUGAAAAUUAUUCACGAAAGUGGGUUUACUCCAGAAGACCACAAGCAAUAUCGGCCGGUGGUCUACAGCAAUACAAUACAAUCCUUGGUAGCUAUUUUACGGUCAAUGCCAAAUCUCGGAAUUAGUUACGGAAACAACGAGAGGGAGAUUGACGGCAAAAUGGUAUUCGACGUUAUCCAAAGGAUGGAAGAUACAGAACCAUUUUCAGAAGAACUCUUAGCAGCAAUGAAAAGGUUAUGGGCUGACUCGGGAGUUCAGGAAUGUUUUGGUCGUUCCAACGAGUACCAGCUCAACGAUUCCGCCAAAUAUUUCUUAGAUGAUUUAAAUCGGCUAGGAGCAAAGGAUUAUCAGCCAACGGAACAAGACAUAUUAAGAACAAGAGUGAAAACUACGGGUAUAGUGGAAGUACACUUUUCCUUUAAAAACCUAAAUUUCAAAUUAUUCGAUGUUGGUGGUCAGCGAUCGGAACGGAAAAAAUGGAUACAUUGUUUUGAAGAUGUGACUGCGAUUAUUUUCUGCGUAGCUAUGAGUGAAUACGAUCAAGUGUUACAUGAGGAUGAAACGACAAACCGUAUGCAAGAGAGUUUGAAACUGUUCGACUCGAUCUGUAACAAUAAAUGGUUCACAGAUACCUCCAUUAUUCUCUUCCUCAACAAAAAAGAUCUUUUCGAAGAAAAAAUUAGGAAAUCGCCUUUAACGAUAUGCUUUCCUGAAUACGCAGGUGCGCAAGAAUACGGUGAAGCCGCAGCGUACAUUCAAGCCCAAUUUGAAGCGAAAAAUAAAUCGACAACCAAAGAAAUUUACUGCCACAUGACAUGCGCAACAGACACGCAUAACAUCCAAUUCGUCUUUGACGCAGUCACUGACGUUAUCAUCGCGAAUAAUCUGCGCAACUGCGGCCUCUAUUAAGCAACAUUUGUAAUUAUUCCUCUUCUCACAGUGACAAGGUGAUACACCCGGUAUAUAUACAUAUGUGUUUUUUCUGUUCUCUACGGGUCGUUCUGUGUCAGAUAGAAAAGAUUAAUUGCAAAAUAUCUAGACAUUUUAGAAAAUAUGGCAUAUAACAAAGUUAUGCUAGAAAAAUAAUGUUAGUUUACUGGUGAUGUAACUCGUAAAAAUACCGUGUGCAAACUUCCACUUUUCGGAAUUAUAAAAAUGUAAGAUUUAUAAGUCUACAUUGAUAUAUUCUCUUCCUUCAGAUAAAUUCUAAAUUUUCCAUUCGUGAAAAUUGUGAAACAUUUUGACGAUUUUCUAAGGUGCGUAGAGAUUGUUUUAGAAUAUGCCAUUAAGAGUUGUUAACAUAUCUAGUCAUAUAAUGUUACCUUCAAAGAACUAAACUUCGUAUAAAGUAUGGAGCCAAGCAAUUGUAAUGGAACGAUGAUACCUAAUUUUAAGUGGAAUUUUUUACAGAUGAAGGCGGCUUUAAUUAGUAUUGUCCAUUACAAAUAUACCAAAUAACAAAUAAUUGAUAACAGCACUACAAAUUCUAUUAUGAAGCUAAUGAUUUUAUUAUUGAGAGGUUUGUUUACAAAUAUGUAUAGUGUUUAAAAAAAAUUUAUUUCUCAAGACUUAAAUUUUUUUAUGAGCAUAUAUUAGUAUCGUCGUUCCAUUAUAUUCAAGUAAUUAAGCUGAUAUCCUGGUAAAGGUUAAAUAAAGUGCACUUUUAGAAGCUGCCAUCUAGCCAGUUUGUGAUAGUUCUCCAAAGAGAAACCCUACCCGUCGAACUUGAAUAUAUCCCAACUUACUCACUCAAUCAUGUCAAAAUCUUCGUAUAAAUAUUAAAUGACGAUUAACAAUACAAAAACUGCAGAAAAUGAAACCAGUAAAACUUGUUCAAUUAAACGAAAUGCGAUCUUUUUAAAGCUGAUUUUAUAAUUUUAGACAUAACCUCACUUAACCUAAAAAACAAAAAAUGUCAAGCGCUUUUAAAAGAAAAUGUUUUCUAUUCGAAUUUACUAUCAAUUAAAGUAUGUUUUAUAUUAAGAUUAAUAGUAGGUAAAAUUUAAAACAGUUAAUAUAGUUUAAACAAUAUUAAAAUAGUUUUCAUUUACAGAUUAUCUUUUUAAAAUGCUUAGAAAAAUAUUGUGCAUUAGAUUUAAUAAGUUUAAACCGUUUUCGAAGUACGACAAGCUUUGUAUUGGCGAAGAAAUUUUGGGAUCGUGUGUUACUUACAAAUAUCAAAUCAAACAGCCAAAUUUACAAAUAAUUUAAAUUUAAAAUUUGGUUCGUUAGUUUUAAAUAAGUAACAAUUAAAAUGUAAUUUUUCUGCUACCGAUAAAUAUUUUUGUUUGAUUCUGAUCUGUCUGAUACAGAAUGGCCCUUUUUUUUGAACGCCUCAUACUCUCCAACUUUUGAUGAAUUGCAUCACUUUUCUUAAAGGGUGGAUAAAUGGGGUAGCACAGAACUGUACCAAAGUUGAGUGAGAUGUUGAAAAUGUGUUCUUUUUGUUAAAUGAAGAUCAGUUGAAUAAUUAUUAGAUUGUAAAAAUCAUGAUGGAUGUUCUGAAAACGAAAACACAGCAAAUUUAAUUCUUUUUGGUAGUAAACAAAUAUUAAAAACAUUGUAUAAAUGAAAAACUAUUUUACAGUGUGAUGUUACUACAUUUUUGUAAGUUAAAAAAUUUGUAAUUGUCCUUCUAGUUAGCAUAACCGUUAGCACCAUUUAGUGGAUUCUUACCUGCGGUCACAAUGCCUGUCAAACGAUGCGUUUAAUUAGGGAUUUCUAUUGUUUUAGAACCUCCAAAAAAAGCGGUUUCAUUUGUUAUAAAACUAAAAAUCUAAUUUGUUUGAGUAUCAAUGAUAAGAUAUGAUUCUAAAGAUGGAGACGAGUAGAUAUAAUAACAAAUAAAAUGGCGAAAAAAAGCUAUAAAUUUGUUUCUCUUCGGGAGUGUAAUUUCAAUGUAUUUCUCUAGUACAGUAAAUCAAAAUAGGCUGCGAAACUAAUCAUGAACUAAAGAAAUAUGUACAAUUUUGCAAUAUCUACAUAAUUGACUUCAGUUCAAAUAACGGCAACUUUAUAAAAAGUUUAGGCGCACGUGCAAAUCGUUUAUGCAUAUGCGUCAAACCGUUUUCUACAGUUUCCGUUUUUUACUCCAGGAGAUAAUUGAGAAAUAAAUGUGUUUAAUAUUUUUUUUUAAAUUCAAGCAAACGGAAUUAAAAUUGCUGAGUUAUUCGCCGUAUUUUUUCCAAAAUUGGAAAAACUAAAGUAAGUAGCUUUGUGCUUAAUGGAAGGUCUACAAUUUUUUGAACUACAUUAAACUCGAAAUCAGUUAUAAUUACCAUUUAAUGUUUUUAUCAAAAUGAAUGCACAAUAUGUUGAACAUACGCGCACAUUUUAACCGCUGGAUUUAUCAACAUUGUACAAAAACUUGAAACACAUUUUAACAUUUAUUUUUUUUUGUCUGAAGGAAAAAUUUGUAGUUAAUCAGUUAGUGUUAAUUUUGUGUAAAAGAAUUUGUGCCAUUAGAAGAGAUUGCAUUUAUUGUCUUUCGCUGAAAAGGGACUGGUAAUUUAAUUGUUAUUUGAGUACCUAUAUUCUUUAUUUUCAGAUCAAAAUAACAGACCAAAAAAUGAGGUUAAUUCAAUUCAGAUAUGUGUAUUUGUUGAAUUUUUUUGUAGGAAAAAGUAUUAAAAGUUAAAAAGUUCAUUAAAAUGCUAAAUAUUCUCUAUCGCAACUAUAAUAAUAAUUUUCGGUGUGUAUUUCUAAAUAUUAUCGAUUUAGGACUAAACAAAACAAAAAUAGAAAGUGUACGCAUUUGUACUACAGAAAUUUUAAAUACUUACUAUUAUAAAAUAUUUGUCUGUAAUGUAAAUAUAUAUUAUAGUUGAAAACUACAGAAUAUUCCUUUGAAAACCAUAAAAAUCAAAAUGAAAUAUUGAUUAUUAUGUGCUUAUCAACGACACUUUUACACGAAUGUCAAAAAAUAAUGAUCUACAAAAAUCAUUACAUCCAUGGUAGUGGGGGCAAAAAUAUUGUUAGACAGGAAGUGCCAUCUUGAGAGGCCACAUUAAACAAGGAAAGAGAGUAUUUCCUUGUUUAAGAAAUCAAAUUUAGUUGGGUUAUGUUAUUGUUUGUCCCAACUGUCACAUGAAAUCUUAUUUAUAUUGAAGUUUUUUAACAAUUGUGUCACAUUUUAGAUUGUUAUCAUUAAUAUAAAGUUUCUCGUCUAAGACCCAUUCUGAAAACUAUUUUCUAGCUACUGUUAAUAAGUGUCGGAAAAUUUAAAUUUGGCGCUUUCGCAUUUCCGGAUAUGCCGCCAUCAGAGGCCACUUUGUGGUCUCCUUUUCAUAACGAUUAGAUUCCCUCUUUUGUCUUUUUGCUCGAUGGUUGGGAGCGAAACAUGAAUAUUUCCAAAUAAGCUAAUAAUAUUGCAUUUCGAAUUUACUCUUAAAAUAAAUUAAGUGUUACUCGAAAAAUUCAAAAUAUUGCUGGUCUAAUCAAGAAAUAAGAGUCAAUCGAUUUUAUUUGUGAGAGACAAACAUAACCUAAACAUAAUGUUAUUGGCUAUAUUAUUACAUAAGAGAGACUUGCGUAAUAAAAUACUGCCGGAGUAAAUGCUUGAAGACGAUUAAUAUUGAAAAAACUAAGACUACCACGCUUAUUUAUCAAAUUUUACAAACUAAGUUGUAAUAUAUUAAUCUUAGGAGCUUUUAGCUGUUAUUAGAAAUGAAAUUAUUUUGCGAUAACCUGUACCUAUAUCUAUUUUAGAAAAUAACGUGUGAUUUUUUUGUUACCAUCAUCACAAUGAUCGGUUCCUUUUCUAGCGAAUCUUUAGUUAGGUAUGGUUAACAACACUUUUUUCGAUUACUUUGGGCUACUUUUUAUAACUUACCGUUGUCUAGUUUGGCCACUUUAGCAAAAGAUAUCCGAUGAAUCCAAAAAAGUGUUAUCCUGUACCAAAUUAUCAUGUAUUAAUUUUUUUGUAAGUUAUUUGUUUUCUUUUAAAGUAUUUUUGUAAGUCUAAGUAAUGUUAUUUAUGUUUAUAUAAUUUUAUUAAGAUUAAAACUAACUUUAUUAGAUUUAUUACCAAAUAUUUUUACAAAUAUGUACCUAUAUGAGUAUACACCAGAACCAAAAUUAAUACUUUCAGCUCAAAAUAGCAUGCAGAUGACUUUAUUUAUUAAUUAUAUAGGCAAAAUCUUUGUAUACUGAAUAAAGUAAUAAACAGGAAAUUUCUAUGAUUUU